CUUGAUCAGUUUCUCUUUCACUCAUUUCUUAUCAUCUUUAUGAAGCAUUUAUUUUAUAUAUGGAUUAAUAUAUUUUUUUAUAGGCAAAUAUAUGUAUAUAUAUAUAAUGAUAAAUAAUAAACUGCUGUAACUACUUUAUUUUUUGUUUGCCUUGGGUGCUUUGGUGUGCCUUUUCGCGCUUGUUGCUAAUAUAUAUAUAUAUAGGCAAAAAUAUAUAUUAGCAACAAGCAUGAAAAGGCACACCAAAGCACCGAGGGCAAACAAAAAAUAAAGGUAGUUACAACAGUUUAUUAUUCAUCAUUAUAUUCAUUCCCAUUAUCUUUUCUUGAACUCCAAAUUUAGAUUCAUAUUGUUACUACUAUUUUUAUAUAGAUUCAAGCAUUUUUUAUUCUCUGAAGUUUGACGAGUAUUUAUUAUGAUGUAUUAUCCAGUAAUCACCUUGAAACUCUGUUUUUCCUUGAAUGGUUUUAACUUCUUAAUUAUCAAAGUAAUGUCAAUGUUUAAACUCUUUGCCUAAAUAACCUGAUUCAGGAGUUAUUUCCUCACAUUGUGUUUUGGUGUAUAUAUUUCUUAAAUUCCCAUUAAAUCUUUAUGACUCCCAGGCUUCUGUGGUUUAAACCGAAAAUGGAGCUGGCCUGUCAUGUACCUAUGCAUAUCUUAAUGGCUCUUUUGGUAUAGUUAGUUUUUUCCUGACAAGAACCUGGAAGUGAUAUCAUCAUAGGUGUUUAUUCUUGAUAAUAUUUGUUCAUAAAAAAGGAAGGGCUCAAAAACGAGCCCAUAUAUUCACCCUUGGUAUAUGAAAAUAAGAGUUGCCAGCUUGAACAGUUACAGAUUGAACUUAGAGAACAAAGCUGGAUAAGAGUAGCAAAGGGUUUCUGUGGUUCAUCAUAAUUUUUGGGUAUUUUAUAACAGUUGUUUAUCAUUAUAUAACCUAAUCAUCCAGUAAAUCACGACAAAACACUGUUUUCGCAUGAAUCUUUUUAUCUUCUCAAAAUGAUUGAAAUAAGCCAGGGUUUAAACAUUUUUCCCUAUUAUAAUUGGUUUGGUUGAAGACUUAUUUUGUUUUAUUUGUUUAUUUAUUUAUUUAUUAUUAUUAUUAUUGUUUUUUAUUUCAGGAGUAAUUUCUGUGUGUUGUGUUUUGGUGUAAUUUUUUCUUAAAUUUCCAUUAAAUCUCUAUGGCUCCCAGGCUUUUGUGGUUUAAACUAACAAUGGAUUUAACCUGCCAUGUACCUUUGCAUGUCUUAUUGCUAUUCUGUUUUAUGUACUUAUUUUGUCAUAACAAGAUCCUGGAAGUAAUUAUAAUAUAUAGGUUUUUUGUUUUUGAUAAUAUUUGUUGAUAAAGAAGGAAGAGUCUCACGAAGCAGCCAUAUACACCCUUGGUAUAUAAUAGUAGUAGCUGUCUACUUGAACAGGUGCAGAUAAAAAAUUACAGGACCCAAAACUGGAACCUAUGAAAAAAGGCCCAAAACUGGAUAAGAGUGACAAAGGGCAUCUGUGGUUGAUUAUAAGUGUCAGGGAGUCUAUUGCAGAUGCUAGAAAGCAAAGAGAUCAAAGUUAAUUUGUUCCAUAAACUUUUUUUCCCUCUUUAUUUGGUAAGACAGGCUGAUAUGGAUUUUGGCAUCUUUGGCCAGGUAUCUUAGUGAGUAGGAACUGUAUAUGAUAUAUAUUUAACCUAAAGUAGGUGUGAUGGGGGAAAGCCUUUUAAAGUUUAUUCAAGGAAGAAAGGGAAGACCUAAGUAAACUUUAAGUAGGAUUAAUAUUAAUUAGAAUUGAAUUGGGAUUGAUAUUUUUUGGAGUCUAAUUUGGAUUAGUUAAUUGAGUUAUAAUAUAAUUAAAAUUUGAGUCAUGAUAGGUUAUUAGAGUCCUAAUAGACUUUGGAUGUUAUAAUUAGAAUUAGAAUCAUAAUAGGUUAUUAGAGUCCUAGUAGAUUUUGGAUUUCUUAGAAUAAAUGUAAAUCAAAGGAAUGAAUUGAUGAAUAAUAUUAUAUUUUCUUUCAUUGCAAGGUUGCAACCCUCAAUGGUGAGACUCCAUUGAUUUUCUUCUAAGUGAGACUCCUAGAAGGCCUUAGUGAGACUCUAAGGUUUUUUCAUCUUUUCUUCAUUGUUUCUUCUUUCUCUUUAUUUCUUAUAUUAUAAUUUUCUCUAUCAUAAAAUUUAUUCUUUGUUCCUCUCCUUACACCCUAAAAAAUAAAACCCUAGUCCAACUACCUUUGAGUGUAGGCAACCAUCCUAGGGUUGUCCUACAUCAAUUUUGAUAUCAGAGCCAAAGUUCUUGGCUUGAAGACAUAUGCAAUUAAGGAGCAAAGCAACUUAUGCAAGCAUGAGUUCCAAAAAAACUUCUAGCAAUCAAGAUGUCGCUACAAUACGCUUGGAGGAAAUUUCAGCCACACAACAAUCCCAUCAAGAUGCUAUAAUACAACUAAAUAGCAAACUUGAUGAGAUCAUGAAGUUAUUAGAAAAGAGUCAAGAAAAACGACCAAUUGAAAAGGAGAUUGCAAGUCAUCAAUUUAGACAAUUGCCAAGUCGAUCACGCGAAGAACAAGACAAUUUUAUGAUGGGGACUCAAAGAAGGGCCAAACUUUUUGAGCUAGAUGAUGAUGUGACUAAAAAGGUACGUCUUGAAGUUGCUGAAUUUUAUGGAAAACUAAAUCCAACAGCUUUUCUUGAUUGGAUUAUGUCAAUGGAAGAUUACUUUGAUUGGUAUGCAAUGCCCGAAAAUAGAAAAGUUCGUUUUGUGAAGGCAAAGUUGAAAGGAGCAACACGUUUAUGGUGGCAUAAUAUUGAGAAUCAAGUUCAUAGAACUGGCCAACCACCUAUUAACACAUGGGACGAGAUGAAGGAUCACUUUCUCCCAACUGAUUAUGAACAACUUAUGUAUACAAAAUUGUUUUCCCUUAAACAAGGUACCAAGUCUGUUGAAGAAUAUACAGAAGAAUUCCAUGAAUUGAGCAUUCAAAAUCAAGUGCAGGAAAGUGAUGCUCAACUUGCAGCCCGCUACAAAGUUGGACUCCGAAUGGAGAUUCAAUUUGAGAUGAUAGUUGCACACACUUAUACCGUAGGUGAUGUUUAUCAACUAGCCCUCAAAAUAGAAGACCUCAAAUUUCAGGUUUCCAGGCGUCCAAGUUCACAAAUUGGGAGCACUUUCUCCAACAGGACAACAAGCAAACCUUUAAGCACAUCAAACUUCAGAACUUCUAAUCAUGUGAAUGGUGGGGGCAACACUCAACAAACUUCGAAUGUGGCUCAUAAGUAUGGUAAUAAGGGUAAAACUUCAAUGAGUAUUGAAGAUAGAAAAGUAGACGUGGCUCCUUUAUGCUUUGUGUGGUGGGCAUGGUCAUUAUGCCGUUGUAUGCCCAACCAAUGGCUUACACUUUUGUGUUGAAGAACCAGAAUCUGAAUUGGAGAGUUACCCAAAGGAAGAAGAGACCUACAAUGAAGAUGAAGUUAGUGAAGAAUGUGACUACUAUGAUGGUAUGACGGAAGGGUAUAGUCUUGUAGUACGACCUUUAUUGGUUGUCCCAAAGGUAAAAGGAGAAGAAGAUUGGCGACGUACUAGCAUUUUCCAAACACAUAUUUCUUGCCAAGGGAGAUUAUGCACCAUGAUCACUGAUGGAGGUAGCAGUUUGAAUAUAGCUUCGCAAGAACUUGUUGAGAAGCUAAACCUUAAAACAGAGUGACAUCCACAUCCAUUUAGAGUAGCAUGGGUUAAUGACACCUCCAUCCCGAUAAGCUUUUGUUGCUUAGUAACAUUCUUUUUUGGUAAGGACUUUGAAGAGUCUGUAUGGUGUGAGGUCUUACCCAUAAAAGUAAGUCAUAUUUUACUUAGAAGACCUUGGCUUUUUGAUAGAAGAGUUCAAUAUGACGGCUAUGAAAAUACAUAUGCUCUCAUACACAAUGGAUGUAAGAAGAUCCUUUGUCCAAUGAAAGAAGUCCCUCCAAUUAAGAAGUCAGAGGAAGAGGCACAACCAAAAAAUGUACUUACUAUGUGUCAAUUUGAAAAUGAGAGUAAGGAAACUAAAGUUAUUUUUGCUUUAAUGGCUCGGAAAGUGGAAGAAUUUAAAGAAAAAGAUAAGGAAUAUCCAGCAAACGUACGUAAAAUCCUUGAUGACUUUUUUGAUUUGUGGCCUACAGAGUUACUUAAUCAACUCUUUCCUCUACGUGACGUACAACAUGCCAUUGAUUUGAUUCCCGGUGCAUCAUUACCAAAUUUACCAACCUACAGAAUGAAUCCAACAAAGCAUGCUGAAUUGAAAAGGCAAGUUGAUGAAUUACUUACUAAAGGCUUUAUUCGUGAAAGCCUAAGUCCUUGUGGAGUUCCUGCCCUACUAACGCCAAAGAAGGAUGGAUCAUGUCAGAUGUGUGUGGAUAGUCGUGCAAUCAACAAAAUCACAAUCAAGUAUCGAUUUCCAAUUCUAAGACUUGAUGACAUGCUAGAUAUGAUGGUUGGAUCAAUAAUCUUCUCAAAGAUUGAUCUAAGAAGUGGAUAUCAUCAAAUACGUAUUAGACCAAGGGAUGAAUGGAAGACAUCUUUCAAAACUAAGGAUGGAUUGUAUGAGUGGUUAGUCAUGCCGUUUGGACUAACCAAUGCUCUAAGUACCUUCAUGCGGGUUAUGAUGUAGGUAUUGAAACCUUUUAUUGGACGGUUUGUUGUUGUCUAUUUUGAUGAUAUACUUAUCUAUAGUCGAUUUUGUGAAGAUCAUGAGGAACACUUAAAGCAAGUAAUGUGCACUCUUAGGGCUGAAAUUUUACAUUAAUUUGAAAAUAUGUACUUUCAUGAGCCCUAGUGUUGUAUUUCUUGGCUUUGUUGUGUCUUUUAAGGGUGUUGAAACAGAUCCAGAGAAGAUCAAAGAUAUUGUUGAUUGGCCAGUACCAACAAAUAUCCAUGAGGUGCGAAGCUUCCAUGGAAUGGCUACAUUCUAUCGAUGAUUUAUUCGAAAUUUCAGCUCUAUUAUGACCCCAAUUACUGAAUGCAUGAAACCUGGUUUAUUUAUUUGGACCAAGGCGGCCAACAAGGCAUUUGAAGAAAUCAAAUCCAAGAUGGUAAACCCUUCUAUCCUACGUCUACCAGACUUUGAGAAAGUAUUUGAGGUGGCUUGUGAUGCUUCCCAUGUGGGAAUUGGAGCAGUUCUUAGCCAAGAGGGACAUUUUUUUUUAGUGAGAAGCUCAAUGGGGCAAAGAAAAAAUACUCCACAUAUGAUCUUGAAUUCUAUGUGAUGGUGCAAGCAAUUAGGCAUUGACAACAUUAUCUCAGUUACAAGGAAUUUGUUUUGUAUUCGGAUCAUGAAGCCUUGCGAUAUCUUAAUUCUCAAAAGAAGCUUAACUCUCGACAUGCAAAAUGAAGUAGUUUUCUUCAGCUGUUUACCUUUAAUUUAAAGCAUUUGUGCAGGAAUUGAAAAUAAAGUAGUCGAUGCCCUUAGUAGGAAAGCCCUUCUCUUAGUAAACAUGUCAACCACUACAAUUGGAUUCGAAGAAUUAAAGCAUUGCUAUGACAAUGAUGCUGAUUUUGGAGAUGUUUAUUCCUCGCUUUUGAGUGGUUCAAAAGCAACACGUAUUGAUUUCCAGAUUUUAGAAGGGUACUUGUUUUAUAAAAAUCAUUUAUGCUUACCAAGGACUUCCCUAUGUGAUCAUGUCAUAUGGGAACUUCAUGGAGGUGGAAUGGGUGGACAUUUUGGACGAGAUAAGACCAUUGCUUUGGUGGAAGAUCGCUUCUUUUGGCCUAGUUUAAAGAAGGAUGUUUGGAAGGUUAUCAAACAAUGUCGAGCAUGUCAAGUAGGAAAAGGUUCAAAGCAAAAUACAGGGUUAUAUACACCGUUACCAAUUCCAUCCAAACCUUGGGAAGACUUGAGCAUGGAUUUUGUACUUGGAUUACCAAUGACACAAUGGGGUUUUAAUUCUAUAUUUGUUGUGGUUGACAGAUUUUCCAAAAUGACACAUUUUAUCCCACGUAAGAAGGCUUCGGAUGCUUCUUAUGUUGCUGCCUUGUUCUUUAAAGAAGUAGUUCGAUUGCAUGGAUUACCACAAUCCAUUGUUUCUGAUCGCGAUGUCAAGUUUAUGAGCUAUUUUUGGAAAACCUUGUGGGCCAAGCUAGGUACUCAAUUAAAGUUUUAAAGUUCUUUUCAUCCUCAAACUGAUGGACAAACAAAAGUUGUCAAUCAUAGCCUUGGUAAUCUUUUGAGAUGCAUUGUGAGAGAUCAGUUGAGAAACUGGGACAAUGUCUUACCACAAGCCGAAUUUGCUUUCAAUAGCUCCACUAAUCAUACUACCGGGUACUCACCUUUUGAAGUGGUAUAUGGGUUGAAACCUAAGCAACCUAUUGAUCUUAUACCAUUGCCUACUUCUGUCCGCACUAGCCAAGAUAGUAAUGCAUUUGCACGUCAUAUACGAGAUAUACAUGAAAAGGUAUGAGAAAAAAUCAAAAUCAACAAUGAGAACUAUAAAGAGGCAGCAGAUGCACAUUGAAGAUAUAUUCAGUUUCAAGAAGGUGAUCUAGUGAUGGUUCGUCUAUGACUAGAAAGAUUUCAUCCGAGCACAUAUCAAAAGCUUCAAGCUAAGAAAAUGGGUCCAUUUCGGGUACUAAAGCGGUUGGGUGAGAAUGCUUAUUUGUUAGAGCUCCCUUCAGACUUGCAUUUUAGUCCAAUAUUUAAUGUGGAAGAUUUGUUUAUCUCCCAUGGCCAUCACAACAAUAUAAGUGAAGAGUUGGAUCAUCAAUUACCACCUACUCUUAGCCCACAUCCUGAGAUCGAGUAUGUUCUUGAUGAUCAACUUGUGUCUAUUCGACAAGGUGGAUACCAAAUUUUUUUGGUGAAAUGGCGAGGCAAACCACACAUUGAGAAUACAUGGAUUACGACAAUGGAUUUUCAGAAGUUUACCCCGAUCUUUAUGAAUUGUAUCAAGCAUCUAACUCGUCGGGGCCGAGUUCUUUCAAGCCGGGGGGAAUUGAUGGGGGAAAGCCUUUUAAAGUUUAUUCAAGGAAGAAAGGGAAGACCUAAGUAAACUUUAAGUAAGAUUAGUAUUAAUUAGAAUUGAAUUGAGAUUGGUAUUUGUUAGAGUCUAAUUAGGAUUAGCUAGUUGAGUUAUAAUAUAAUUAGAAUUUGAGUCAUGAUAGGUUAUUAGAGUCUUAGUAGACUUUAGAUGUUAUAAUUAUAAUUAGAAUCAUAAUAGGUUAGUAGAGUCCUAGUAGACUUUGGAUUUCUUAGAUAAGCCUAUAAAUAGGCUAAUCAAUGUAAAUCAAAGGAAUGAAUUGAUGAAUCUAUUUUAUGUCUCUCUUUGUGAUCCCAAGAAGAGUGAGACUUAGAUUGGAGAAAAUUCAAAGGGAGUUUUUGUGGGGAGACUUGGAGGAGAGAAGGAAGAUCCACUUGGUAAGUUGGGCAGUUAUUUGCAAAGAUAAGAGGCAUGGAGGGUUGGGGCUAAGGAAUUUGAAGGACUUCAAUCAUGCUUUGCUUGGAAAAUGGCUUUGGAGAUUUCCUUUAGAAAGGGAGAGUUUUUGGAGGAAAGUCAUUGUAGGUAAAUUUGGAGAGGAGGAAGGGGGUUGGACCACUAGAGAGGUAAGGGAGCCUUAUGGGAUGAGCCUUUGGAAAGACAUUAGAAAGGGGUGGGAGGAGUUCUAUCUUAGAACUAGUAUUCGUAUUGGAAAUGGGAGGCGCACUAAAUUUUGGUGGGACUUUUAGGUAGGAGAUUCUAAGCUGAAGGAUCUCUUCCCUUUGCUGUACAGAAUUGCAACCCAUAAUUCUGCUGUAGUGGCUGAUCUUUGGGGGAGACAAGGAGGUGGUGGAGGGGGUUGAGAGGUGCAAUUUAGAAGAUCCUUUCAAGAUUGGGAAUUGGAGGAGGUGAAUCGUUUGUUGAAUCACAUUUCUGCAAUAAAGGUUCAAGAAGGGGAGGAUUCUUUAGUUUGGAAGAUAGAGAGGAAAGGAAAAUUUAUUGUUAAAUCUUAUUAUAGGUCUUUAAAAGCGGAGAACAACCCCUUAUUUCCAGCAAAGGAGGUUUGGGGUUCAUAUGCCCCUUUGAGAACCCGUUUUUUUGCUUGGGAAGCAGUUUGGGGUAAAAUUUCUACAGUUGAUAUGUUAAUGAGGAGGGGUUGGUCUAUGGUUAAUAGAUGUAAUCUCUGUAAAGAGAAUGAGGAAUCGGCGGAUCACAUUCUAAUUCAUUGUGGUAAGACAAGGAAGCUUUGGACUUUGUUGCUUUAUUCCUUUGGGGUGGUGUGGGUGUUCCCGGAAUCAGUGAGAAAUUUGCUUCUUGAAUGGAAAAUUAAGGGCCUAGGGAAGAAAAGGAGUAUAGUUUGGAGAAUGACACCUAUUUGUCUGUUUUGGUGUAUUUGGGGAGAGCGAAAUCGAAGAUUGUUCAAAGGGGAAGAGAUGUUAGAUAUGAGUUUGAGGAACCUCUUUCUUCGAUCUCUUCUUGAGUGGUCUCAACAACUUAUGGACUUGGACUAUCUCUUUUUUUUGAACUUGUUGGGUAAUUGGGGUGUUGGUUAACUUUGUUCUUUCUAGGUUUUUUCUCUCCUUUGUUGUCUAGGGUUUGGCUUUCUUUGUAUACUGCCUGUGUACAUAGGGAACGCCCCCUGUUUUGGCGUUUUUUAUUUAAUUUUGUCUCUUUGUCUUUAAAAAAAAAAAAAGAAUAACAUUAAAUUUUCUUUUAUUGCAAGGUUGCAACCCUCAAUGGUGAGACUCCAUUGAUUUUCUUCUAGAUGAGACUCCUAGAAGGCCUUAGUGAGACUCUAAGGUUUUUCCAUCUUUUCUUCAUUGUUUCUUCUUUCUCUCUAUUUCUUAUCUUAUAAUUUUCUUUGCCAUAAAAUUUAUUCUUUGUUCCUCUCCUUACACCCUAAAAAAUAAAACCUUAGUCCACCUACCCUUGAGUGUAGGCAACCAUCCUAGGGUUGUCCUACAUCAAGGUGCCUGAAGUAGACUGGUGUGCCUCAUACUAUUCUGACAUAAGUGAACAUCAAGUCAAGGAAUUAAUACACCUUGCCCUUUUAAGGGUGUGCUGGAUAAUGGGCCUCACUCAAGUUACAAGCCUGAUGUCCAUAAUGUGUUAUUCCUCUCAUAUACCUUAAUUACAUUUACUCUCAUUAAUAGCAAUGGUGAUGGCUCACAAUCCAGGCAGGAUAACAAUGUAUUUAAUCUUAUCCUCGUUACUAAUAAUCUUUUUGCUGAUAUUAAGUCAUGUGUCUUGCUUGAGAUGUGUUUUAGGACUAGACCUUCUUUCUUGCAUAAUAAUACUUGAAAGUUUUUGUGUUUCAACAUUGUUUACUUUUCCAUGUUGCUAGCUUUUUCUAUCUCAUUUGCAAAUUGGAGGAAACAGCACAUGAUUUAUUUUUAAAUGAUCUACAGCUUCCAUUUAGAACAGCCCUGCAAAGAAAUCUUGCUGAUACUCAUUCUUGUUUUUAUUGGACAGGUUUCUGCUGAUCAGAAAACAAGGUUAUUGAUGUCGACAGGUAGAUUGAAUCAGUCCGGUGACCGAAUUAAGGAGAGUAGAAGAACAAUGCUUGAAACA